CCUGAACUCAACACACCCUCCUUUGAGACCCGAGUCCGGGAGACCGAAUCCGUGCCGUUAUCGAAGAAGUCGCUGUAUGCGGUGUUUGUAUCGUUCAUUGAGCUCUAUAACAACAUUCAUGAUUUGCUUGCAUCCACUCCGUCGCUUGGAAGCUUGCCUAGGUCUCAUAACCUGCGUGAAGAUGGCAACAGAAACAUUUACGUGCCUGGGAUAACUGAAACGGAAGUGAAGAUGGCAGACGAGGCCCUUAAGUUGUUCUACCAAGCUCAAAUCAACAAUUCACUCAUGAACCUACGCCGAUGCAUUGAUGUCCUACGAACCAACCAGAUGGCCUCGCCAAGAGAAGACGGUCUAGGCCUCGGUGUUUCACAGACUCUGCCCCGCAAAGUGCCCUAUAGGGACACCAAGUUGACCCAUCUUUUCAAAAGCUACUUCGAGGGAAGUGGCCAGGUCUUGGUCCUCAUUUGCAUUCGUCCGAAAAUCGAGGAAUACGACGAGACAUUAGUAAGCAGUAGUCUUCUUAUUUUUAUAAUCCGCCAACUGUUAGGUGAGUAG